AUGAGUAAUCGAGAAGAAUUUCUAUUAUCUGCUGGUGAAUCACGAAUAAGUAAAGAUCGUCGACGAUUUACGGUGGUAACAGUAUUUGAUGUAUGUCUUACAGCUUUACUAUGGGUCAUUUCUACGGUGAGCAAAGGUAAUGAUUGGCCAGUGGUAUUUUUUCGUGAGGUUGACAUUUUGCAGCCAGAUUUCAUGAAACUUUCAUUAUUUGAUGUUGUUAUCACAGCAGUUAUUCGUAUGUGUAUUCUCAUUCUUUUCUAUUCCAUUCUAUUAAUUGGACAUUGGCUUCCAGUUGCUAUUACAACAAUUGCAACGACAAUUUUUCUUCUUGCGCUAUUCUUUUUCUCACCAAUACAAGGUAAUCUACCACAAUAUAUGGUAUUGGUUUCCUCAUUUGUGGUUGCAUGGUUUCAACUUUGGUUGGUACCAUUUCAUAUUUUACCACGUGAACGCGGUUAUAUGAUUAUGCCAAAUUAUAAUACUCCAUCGGAAGUUUCGGAACGAAAUGUGCAAACUGAUGAAGAAUUCCGUUCAGCUAUGGAAUGCUCAUCCGAUUCAGAUGAUGAUAACUUAUCAGCAAUAUUAAUAGCAGGAAAGGUAUACUCAAAAGCGCAAUAUAUUGAAGAAGUGGAAGGAGCAAAAUUGAAAGCUAAAGAAUUGCUAACACAAAUUAAUACCUGGAAACUUUUACACAGGAGUAAUCCAGAAAUACGUAUUUCAAAAGAGAAGCAAGUUUAUUUUAUUCAGGAUACAGUUGCAUGCACACCAAAAUCAUUAUUCAAAAUUAUUUGGAAAGAUAAUAAAUUAUGGAACAAACAAAUUACUGACUUUAAAGUUGUACUACAUAUUGAUCCAAUCACUGAACUGAUAUAUAUUAUCACUGCUCCGAUAUUACGUGGAUACAUUUCACCACGCGAUUUCUUGGAUGUUCGUCGGAUGACACUUGAUACUGAAAAAGAUAUCUACGAGGGUGCAUACGUAUCGGUGGAUUCUUCAAUUGUACCAAUAAAUGGAAAUCAAAAAGUUAUACGUGGAAUUAACGGAGCAAAUUACGUUCGCGUGACACGUAGUACCAUUGAUUCAAAAAUGUCACAUAUUGAAUGGAUUCAAAAUAGUGAUAUUAAGUGCAAUAUUCCGCGCCGUCUUAUCGAAGGAUCAAUGUGUGCCUUUUUCCGGAAUUAUAUGGAAAAUGUGAAAACAUUUAUUAGUAAUCAUCCAAAUGAAUAUCCAUAA